GUUUUACAGAGAAAAAAAGAUUGCAAUAGAAGUGUUUGACGGCUAAAUCUUUUGCAUUACGCUGCCAUGUAUCACGAAGAUGCUUGCUGUGUUGAUUCAGUUGUGCAAAUGGCUGAAAAGGUUGAUGUCAAUUCAAAACAGUAAUGAACAGAUAAUGGAUAGUAUUGGGGUGCUUGGAAAAGACUGGGAGAAAGGUGAAACGCCCAUUGGAAGUGGAGGUUAUGGAACAGUUUAUAUUGUUAAAUCUUUGAGAGACAACAGUGAACCAAAGUAUGUUGUCAAAGAAAUACUUGUCUUAGAAAACGACGUUAAAUCAUUGGAAAGCUUUAGAAAUGAGACAGAGAUAUUAAAAAAACUUGGUUCCCACAAAAGAAUCGUCCCGUUCAUUGGCGUAAGUGAACGUAGCAACUACAUGUCAAUAUUUAUGGUAUACAUGAAACAUGGGUCGUUACGAGCAUAUUCGCAAAAGAAAAACGGCCUAAGUGAAGAAGAGACAAGACACUUUACAAAGCAGAUUUUAAAGGGGCUGGAGUUUUUACAUGGAAAUAAAAUUAUUCAUCGAGAUGUAAAAGGGGACAACGUUUUAUUGGAAGAUGAACGUCAUGUCAGACUUACGGACUUCGGCAUUUCAAAAAAUCUACGAGAUGUUUCCAGUACAUCAACAUCCGGUGUCGGCACUGCAAAAUGGAUGGCACCAGAGGUCAUGAAUACAGGAGAUGGCAAGCCUAAAUACAAUGAAAGAGCAGAUAUAUGGAGUGUUGGCUGCACGGUAAUCGAGAUGAUGACAGGACAUUCUCCAUACAAAGAUAUCCCGAAUCUGCUCCAACUUAUCGAGCUAAUUGGUAAAGGAAUUGCACCUACGUUAGGAACAACUAUUGUUCUGUCAGCAAACCUCAGUGCCUUUUUACAGAAAACGUUGCAACCGACUCCACAAGAUCGACCUUCGGCAAGAAAUUUGCUUGACAGUGACUCUUUUUUAAAUCAUGUAGACUAUACAGUCGUGUUGGUUGGAAAAACAGGCGCUGGUUUAAGUGCUAGUGGUAAUACUCUGUUGGGAAGAACAUGUUUUUAUGUCUCCCCUCAACAGCAAACAGUGACAAGAAGUGUGUGCAGUGGCAAAGUUAAAAUAGACAAGGAGAAGUUCGAGGUUUUUGACACACCAAGCUGUGUGUCAACUAACAUAGAUCUAUAUCAGAAUGAACAUAUUUUGUCAGUUAUAGAAAACGCAAAAGAUAUUCUAAACAGAGUAAAGAGAGGAGUUACUGCUUUUUUGUUUGUUCUAAAAUGGUGUUGUAGAUUAUUUCCAGAUGAUAAAAAAACAAUCAAAAUGUUAACAGAUUUGUAUGGACCAGAAGCUAUAAACAAGUACGGCAUAUGUUUAAUGACUUGGGGAGAAGAUUUCGAUAUGGAAUAUGAGUGGAAACUUAAAGAACAUAAUUGCGAGAAACUUACACUUAAUGAAUGGUGUGAGCAACAAAAAGGAGCACUAAAAGAUUUCAUGUGUCGAUUUAACAAAAGAAUAGUUUUAAUGUAUAACAAGGGAAAUCAAAAUCAACGUGAAAGAUGCCGAGCUGAAGUUUUUGAUAUCGUUAGACAACUUAGUCAACAACAAAAUCCGUACACUCUAGAGGAUUUUAUGAGACACAAGGACAGUCGAGAAAAACGGAGACCUAUACUUAGUUGUGAUGUUUUUUAAUUGCUCAAUGAAGUUCCAUACCUUGACGGAUACAUUAAAGGAGAAUAUGAGUUAAAAAUUGUCCGUGAACUAUUAGCCAGAGCUGAUGAACUGAUAGACCAAAAGUAUGCACUAACCCAUGGUAUAGAUGACAAAGAAGCAAUUAAAAGAAAUAAAAAUAGUAUUGAAAGAUAGUAUGAUGGAGCAUUCGAGUAAAAUAUCAAGGCUUUCAAUAAACUAUUUCAGGGAAUUAUUUUCAAAUAAGAAAAAUAUGUAAACAGUUAUUGUUAUAUACAUCUAGUCUGGCAUUUGAAUACGCGAUUGCUAACGUGAAAAAUCAGACGGUUAAAACUAGGGCUAAAUACAAUAGACAGCUAACUGACCGAACAGAUCUUAUGUCAUACAAGGGGAUAUCAGGCACUACGGCAGGAAGUAAAAUGACUGGUUCUAACUGCUCGUAAUUUAGUUACAAAUCUGCUUGGUUAAUGAACAUUAAGAUGGGGUGAUAUAUCAUCAUGAUAGUUUAAUACAUAACGUUUGUUUAUAAAUUUGUAUUUGUAUUAUUUUAUGUUUACUGUAGAGAGGGAUUAAUUGUUUGAAGCCAUGUACAUUUUAUAUUU